AUGGAGGAGCGAAAGCUUCGCUCAGUUGUCUUGACAGAUGUCUUGCAUGGAAAUGACAGAUAUUCCAGUCAAUACAACAGUGUUCACGGGAGCGUAUCAGAGGAGAGAAGUGCCCCGGCACCCUCACUGGAAGUCAAAGUGUACAAAAGAAGGUUUUACAUACUCUUCAUGUUUUCCAUGUCCGCCUUGGCUCAAGCCGCCGUAUGGAACACAUGGGGACCAGUGUCUCAGUCGGCCAAGCAAGUGUUUGGAUGGACUGACGGGGACAUUGCCUUGUUAGCGAAUUGGGGACCCAUUUCUUUCAUCAUUUCUCUCUACCCGUUUUCAUGGAUCAUGGAUGUAAAAGGAUUACGGUGGGCGCUUAUCAGCUGCAGCUUUGUGGUGGCAGCCGGGGCGGCGCUCAGGUGUAUAACAUUCCAGCAACCUUAUGCCACCUGGUUGAUUCACGGAGGCCAGUUUCUUAACGGCCUUGGAGGCCCUGUUGCCAUGGCAGCAUGUACGGUUGUAUCGUCGACAUGGUUUCCACCGAACCAGCGCACUAUAUCAACGAGUAUUGGCAACCUGCUCAAUGCUGUUGGUGUGGCAGUCUCUUUUAUAAUAGGUAUAUGGCCCAGAGGCUAUCUGAGUGCGGGUUUUUGCGUGGCUGUGUUCUUGGGAAUACUUUUGUACUUUCCGGCCAAGCCUCCAUUACCACCAAGUACGACGGCCUCGGUAAAGAGAGUGGACUUCAAGACGGGUACUUUGGCAUUGUUAUGUCACACCCAAUUUUGGGUAAUCUCGUCCAUCUACGGCGUGUGUUUGGGAACGAUUAACUGCUGGAUGUCUGUACUGGAUGUAGUCCUUAAUCCACUGGGCAUUUCUCAGGAAACAGCAGGCUGGAUGGGAUUCUACUCUAUUAUUGGUGGAACAAUAGCUGUGUUCGUAGUCGCCAUAGUUGCUGACAUAUUUUCUAAGCGGAUGAAGGUGAUUCUGGUGGCACUGUACUUAAUGGCGGGAGGGAAUUUUCUCUGGCUGGCACUUAUCUCGGGGCAAUACAUACCCUCCAACAGCGUGCACGUGUGGAUCUCCGUGAUCGCUGGCAACACUUUAAUCACCGCGGGAGUGCCUCUGAUAUACGAGCUGGCAUGUGAAAUAACAUUCCCUAUAUCAGAGAGCGUCACAACAAGUGCCCUCGCAAUGUACAAUAACGUGGCUGGUCUCAUAUUCCUACUGGUGAUGAUGAUUCCAAAUAUCAAUGUGAGCUGGACAAACUGGUGUGUGUUGGGGACGGUUUUGUUUUGUGUCCCGUUGUUAUUGCUGCUGAAGGACAAAUACAAACGACUAGAUAUGGAUUUAGAAAUGAAAGCCGAAGACAAAUCGUCCCCUGGUGACUUACUGGACAACCCUACAUUAGGGCUGGACAUCCAGGCAGCGUUUGGCUAUUACUGCGACCCGGUGACGUUGACCAUCGAAACUCGGCCACAGUUGUUUCCUAACCUUAAGACGGUCGUUUGUGUGUCCACGGGGUUUGACCACAUGGACAUGGAGAAGUAUAAACAGUUGGGGAUUCGUGUGUAUAACUGUGUGUCUUAUUCCGAGGCGACGGCCGAGCAUGCCUUCCUGUUAAUCCUAGCUACGGCCAGGGAUUCUUUCAAAAAUGUUAUUGCGGACAUUGUUAAACAGUUGUGCGGCAUAUGUGGAGAGAGUGGGAGAUUCAGUCCCAUGUCGCAACCAGACCUACUUAAUUUCGACCUUCCCACUCGUAGAGAUUCCAGGCUGGACGAAGAGGACGGUUUUGUGUAUGCCUCCUCAUUGGCUCUUCUGCUCCAGGAAAUUGAGUACAUUCUGGUCACAUGUCCUUUAACAGACGAAACGAGACUGAUGAUUGGCCAGGAGCAUUUCAAGAUGAUGAAAUCUACAGCAGCUAUAGUCAAUGUCGCAAGAGCUGAGAUAAUAGAUCAAGAUGCAUUGCUGGAUGCCUUGCAGAGGGAAAAGCUACGAUAA